AUGGCUCAGAGGGAAUCAUUCGUCCUGAGCAGCUGUCCUUCCUCCUCUCAAAGUGAAACAAAUAUAUUGGUGGCACGUUCAUUCGAAUUCGAGGUCCUCCGUCACCACCUCUUACUCAAGUUUCGAGCAUUACUACCCGUCUCAGCCACAGAAAAUCAAACGCCUGAAGAUGCAAUCAUCAACAAGCCAUGGGAGUGGAUCUGGUUCUCUGGAGAAAAUGAAUAUUUUCAAUUGUCACCAGACGAAGAUAAUAUUGCCCCCGUCGUCACGCAGCGGGGGGAGGAGGUUUGUGAGGGGGCGGUAGUGAAGAUUUCCAUUCCAGAGCAAUACAAACGGCGAUGCAAUCUACUUGCCAGAACCGGAAAUGCAAAGCCAUGUAAAUGUGAAUAUGCUGCUGGGGCUAUUGUGGUCGGGUUUACAAGUCAUGUGACUGAGAAGAAGAAGUCUAUGAGGGGAUAUGGCAGUGGUGCAGUUGUGGGCAUUCCAACAGACUUUGAAAGGAGGAAAAUCACAUCAACUCUUCACACUCUUCUAUUUCUGCCAAUAGGAGCUACGAAAAUGAUAAGUUUCAACAAUGGUCUCUGUGAGGUACCUCAAGAAUUGGGGGUUUGUUCGAAAAAAGCUUCCUCUCUAAAGGCUUAG